CAUUGUAAUUGGCUGUUUCGGAGUAGUCAGUGCUUUGCAUAGCAAUUCAUUGAUAUAGCUUACCGCUGGUAGGGAGUGUUUGGCUGCCACACGAAGUGAGAGGUUUUGGAAAGUGUACGAAGGUUUGAUGUAGGGUCUCAAAAGAAGAAUACCGUGGUUGUGUUAUUAUUUUAAAAGAGGUAUAGACCAAAGAUAAAAUACAAGACAGCCAAAAUGCUUUGCCAUGUUACCCGUCCGGAUUCGGUGGUUAUGGAAGUGGAAGUUGAUUCGAAGGCGAAUGGUGAAGACUGUCUGAAUAAGGUGUGUAGGAAGUUAGGAAUCAUAGAGGUGGACUACUUUGGCCUGCAGUUCUCGGGCAGUAAGGGAGAGAACCUGUGGCUCAACCUGAGGAACAGAAUCUGUCAGCAGAUGGACAAUCUGACUCCCUGCCGACUCAGGCUUAGAGUCAAGUUCUUUGUGGAACCACAUCUCAUACUCCAGGAACAGACUAGGCAUGUGUUCUUCAUGCAUGUCAAGGAGGACCUCCACAGUGGCCACCUGAGGAUGUGUUCAGAGCAGGCUGAGGUGCUGAGUGCCCUACUGGCCCAGGCUGAGUUCAGAGACUACAACCAGAACACUGCCAAAUACUGCUACUCUGAGCUGUGUGGGAGCGAACCCUGCCCGGCAACAGUCGACAGUAUCAUCUCUAAGCACAAGGCGUUGGAGGGUCAGAGCCUGGGGUCAGUGGAGUACCAGGCCCUGCAGCUGGUGUCCAGUUUGGAGCACUACGGGGUGGAGUGGCACUGGGCCAGGGACGCAGAGGCACAGAGGCUGGCCAUAGGUGUGGGCCCAGAGGGCAUCACUGUCUGUAAAGAGGACUUCAGCCUGGUCAACAGGAUCAGCUAUCCCAUAAUCCAAAUAGCCACCCAGUCAGGGAAGAGUGUUUACCUGACGGUGAUCAAGGAUACCAGCGAUAGUGUGGUUCUGCUAUUCAAGCUAAUCAGCAACCGGGCUGCCAGCGGACUGUACCGGGCCAUCACAGAGACGCAUGCCUUCUACAGGUGUGACACGGUGACCAGCGCGGUGAUGAUGCAGUACAGCCGUGACUUCAAGGGCCACCUGGCGUCUCUCUUCCUCAAUGAGAACAUCAACCUGGGCAAGAAGUACGUCUUCGACAUCCGACGCACCUCCAAGGAGGUAUACGACUACGCACGCCGGGCACUCUACAACGCCGGCAUCGUGGACCUGGUGGCACGUGCUGCGGGGACGGGCGGCGAGAGGACGCCAUCGGGGCACAGUCCCCUUCGUGGCCAGGGGGAGGGGAUGGGGGAGGACUGUGGCAGCUGCCAGCAGAGCAGGGCACUGCUGGAGAGACUAGAGAAGCUCAGAGAGGCUCUGCUGUGUAUGCUGUGCUGUGAGGAGGAGAUAGACGCAGCCUUCUGCCCCUGUGGACACAUGGUAUGCUGCCAGACCUGCGCCAACCAACUACCGUUGUGUCCGGUGUGUCGAUCUGAGGUGGAACACGUGCAGCAUGUCUACCUGCCCACCUGCACCAGUCUCCUAAACCUCAGCAACACCUCCCACGACGACGAUAGCAGCCCCGUCCACAGAGCUAUAAGUGGGCUAGCAUAUACCUGCCACACCAAGGACCACUCCAAUAGCAACACCAACAACCACCACGACUCCAACAAGAUCUACCAGACUGAGACAUAAACCACUCCACUAAUUCCAGACUGUGUCCCAAAUAGCACCCUGGCACCCUACAUAGUGCUGUCCACAGUAAUGCACUAAUUAGGGAAUAUGGUGCCAUUCCAGACACAGUCCAGUCCCAACACCACGGUUUCUGCUUCUGUUUGUUUGUUUAUCACCUUACCAUUCUGACAGUGGUAUUUUUCCACUGUCGAUAUUUAUUUUUUUAAACCAAUGAUGGAUUUGUGAUUUUGAAUUUCCACCCCUCCAUUUUAAUUUUAGGGUUAUUGCCUAUUAUAUUUUCUUAAUUGAACUGCAGCUGUUGAUUUGAUCAGCAGUAGCGGUGGGAUCUGAUUUAUUUCAUUUGGAUUGUGCUUUUGUUUGUUUUUUUGCUCCAUAUCCGUGUACAGAAUGUGAAUUAUCUAUUGGGCUCAUAACCUGCAACGCUUGUACAAUAUGAGGGAAUUCUGUGUUUUAGGAGAAUAGUAGGCAACGUACAUAAUCGUUCAGUUGUUUUAUAAGUAUAUUUGCAUUUUUUAAGUUUCUUCGUUUUAAGCUUUCAGAAUCUCAUUUAAUGGUUCUAAUGGAGUGAAAUGCAUUUUUUUUGUUCUGUUUCCAUGCCAAUGAGAAGUUAUUUGGGGGUUGGAAUCUGGCCCUGGUACAGCACUGCAUUCUGAUUUUAGAGAAGCAUUGUCCCAAAAGGCACCCUAUUCCCUAUGUACAGUAGUGCACCACUUUUGACCAGUAGUGCACUUUGCAGGGAAGGGGUGCAAUUUGGGAUGUAGCCAAGGGGAAGUCUUGACGAUAAGCCCGGUAUUAAUGUGUAUAUGAGUGACAGGGUUCUGGAACCAAACCAGAACUCUGACAGGGAAAGAUAAUGGUUGAAUCUCCUAGUUCAUUCCCAAUGGGUCAUAUAAAGUAACUCCACUCUUGUGAAAAAAUACCAGAUUCAUACAGAACUCUAUGGGCUCCAGCCAUUCAGCAUUCUAUCCCAUAACAGAACCUUCACAAAUGGAGGCCCCAAAAUAAGAUGCUCCCUGUAUUCUUUUGCUCAAUAAGUGAUCUGUGAUUAUUUAUUAGUAAGGCUGUUUUUUUUUAACCUGAUCCCAGAUCGACUUGUGUUGUUUAACUAACCCAGAUUGUAGGAGUUAGCUAUACAGCACAAACAGUUCUGGGACCAGGCUACUGUUUUUCAGCCUCUACUGUGUAGCGGUGUGUGUGUCCUUCCUCAACUUCUGUUCUAUGUGGUCAACUAGGGAGUUCCUUAUGAUUUUAUUAUUAAAGGGUACUAGUCGAUCUGUCAGUGCAAUACGAGCUGCUUUUUGAGUUUUUUUUGGGGGGGGGGGUGGAAGAAUGAAUACACUGUCACUUUACCAAGGAAACUUCCCCAGUGUUUUAUCCAUAGGGUUUUGCCUUAAUGUAGCAACACUGGCUUGCGUCUCAAGUAGCACCCUAUUCCCUAUGCAGUGCACUACUUUUGACCAGAGCCCAUAGCACUCUGGUUGAAAUUAGUGCACUGUUUAGGAAUAGGGUGCCAUUUGAGACAACGACAUUGUGUUUUGAUAUGCAUUCUUUCUUUGCACAGACUUUCUUCGUUUUAAAGAUGAGGAAUAUGUUGUCUUUAUUGCUGACACCAUUUGGCACAUAGUCACUGCAGGGGAUUGAUUAUUUGAUCACUUUGUUCAAGUAGGAUUUGUUUCUGUUUUCUGAAGCAAAAACUAUGCUCUGCAAAUGUAGAAAGAACUGUCUUUUUAUAUUGUAUUUCUUUGAACUAGAAAAGUAUUAAUAAAGUUUUUUUUUUUUUUUUAAA